UAGAGAGAAGGCAUUAGAGAAGAAGACGAAAAGUAGGCUAUGCUACAUUUUGUAGCCUACUGUCUACUGUUCUGACGGUAGGGCUGCUGAUUAUCAAGACAGAUACCACUGUUGGAAUUUCUGAACUGAGUUUCAAAGAUUGUAGCCUAGGCUAUCGUGAAGUUGGAAGUUACUAGUCUGUCUCACAGACAACACCAGGCAUCCACUGUAGAAGACAUGGCGUCGUUGAAUUCACCACUGCGUGUAUGUCGUAGUAUACUGAGAGAACUGCGGGCGUUAAAGGGACCAGAAUAUAAACAAACGAUGGCAUAUAAUUACGUUUUGGAACAGUUUCGUAAAAAUCAGGUAACAGGGGAGAGGUAUUGUCGGGCCCAGCAGGAGGCGCUCCACUCCUCCCUUACCUACCUGUGCUUGCUCUCCUCCACCAGACAGCAUAUGGCUCUCCACAACCUCUACCACGCUAAAGGAGAGAUUAGCGCAGAGGAUGCAGCCGGCUUGGUGGGCCUUCGGUUGCCCACCCAACCAGGAGGAAAAGGCUGGGAAAAGUGAAAGGUCAAAGGGAAAUGUGCUCACCUCAAGUUCAUGUAUGGACCACAUCCAUCUUUAAGCUCUGAGAUGAACAACGAUUGAGACAUACAUUGCUGAAUGUAAUGUUAGGUUCAGAUGCAUUAGUAAAGUAAAGUCUCAUGCAUAGUAAAAUGUAUCAUAUAUUCUUAAAUGUAAAUAUGUUUGUUGAUGUCACUAAACGAUUAAAAAACAGAUACCAUUAA